UGACAUGAAGAAGCAGCGGCGGCUAGGGCGGCGGUAGCGGGGAGAGUCGCGGCUUGCAGCAGGACUAAGUGCGGAAAGCGCGACGCGGCCUAGAGCGGCAGACGGCACAGUGGGCCGAGGAGGAGGCGCAGCAGCCCCCCUGGCCCGCCAUGGAGAUGGAAAAGGAGUUCGAGCAGAUCGACAAGGCUGGGAGCUGGGCGGCCAUUUACCAGCCUUUGUUCAUUGGAAGAUGUUGCUUUUGGAAGUAGGAAAUAAACGGCUUGAGGAGAUGGAGGCAAGCUUUGGUCUGAAGUAGGAGUCUGGAUAUCCGACACGAAGCCAGUGACUUCCCAUGUAGAGUGGCCAAGCUUCCUAAGAACAAAAACCGAAACAGGUACAGAGACGUCAGUCCCUUCGACCAUAGUCGGAUUAAACUUCAUCAAGAAGAUAACGACUAUAUCAAUGCUAGUUUGAUAAAAAUGGAAGAAGCCCAGAGGAGUUACAUUCUCACGCAGGGCCCUUUGCCCAAUACCUGCGGUCACUUUUGGGAGAUGGUGUGGGAGCAGAAAAGCAGGGGCGUUGUCAUGCUCAACAGAGUGAUGGAGAAAGGCUCGUUAAAAUGUGCACAGUACUGGCCACAAAAAGAAGAAGAAGAAAUGAUCUUUGAAGACACAAAUUUGAAAUUGACAUUGAUCUCUGAAGAUAUUAAGUCAUAUUACACAGUACGACAACUAGAAUUGGAAAACCUCACAUCUCAAGAAACUCGAGAGAUCUUACAUUUCCACUAUACCACGUGGCCUGACUUUGGAGUCCCUGAAUCGCCAGCCUCGUUUCUGAACUUUCUUUUCAAAGUCCGCGAGUCGGGGUCGCUCAGCAUGGAGUACGGCCCCAUUGUGGUGCACUGCAGCGCUGGCAUCGGCAGGUCGGGGACCUUCUGUCUGGCUGACACCUGCCUCUUGCUGAUGGACAAAAGGAAAGACCCUUCUUCUGUUGAUAUCAAGAAAGUUCUGUUAGAAAUGCGGAAAUUUCGGAUGGGACUGAUCCAGACAGCAGACCAGCUCCGUUUCUCCUACCUGGCUGUGAUCGAAGGCGCCAAGUUCAUCAUGGGAGACUCUUCAGUACAGGAACAAUGGAAAGAGCUCUCCCACGAGGACCUGGAGCCUCCACCCGAGCACAUCCCCCCACCUCCCCGGCCUCCCAAACGAAUCCUGGAGCCACACAAUGGGAAGUGCAAGGAGUUCUUCGCAAACCACCAGUGGGUGACAGCUGAGACUGAGGAGGUUAAAGAAGACGGCCCCGUCAAGGAAGAAACCAGAACCCUCUUAAACGCCCCCUGCAGCCUGGAAAGCGUGAGUCAAGACACUGAAGUCAGAAGGCGGGUCGUGGGGGCAGGUCCUGCCCAGGGGGAGCCAUCGCCGCCCAAGGAGGAGCAGGACCAGGCGCCGACUCACUGGAAGCCCUUCCUGGUCAACGUGUGCGUGGCCACGGUCCUCACGGCCGGCGCGUACCUCUGCUACAGGGUAUGUUUUCACUGACGGACGUGCUGGCCAGACCGCGUGUACAGCAAGCCCUGGCCGCCAGCCCGGCGGUAGCGCUCAGUGCUGCGGGAGCCUCUGAGCCAGCCUCACAAGAAACAGAUCAAAGGUUUUCAAAGUCUGGGACUGUGAAGGGCUAACGAGAGAGAAUUGAGGAUUGAUGCACCGGGGUCUUAAGGAGCCCUGUGGUCCCAAGAAUAGAAGAGUCUAAUCUCAGGGCCUUAACCUAUUCAGGAGUAAGUAGACAAAAUGCCAAAUACGUCUCUCUCUCUCUUUUUUUUUUUUUUUUUUGUUCAUUUGUUUUUGAAAAAAAAGUAAUAGAAUUACAACACAUUGUUGUUUUUAACCUUUAUAAAAAGCAGCUUUUUGUUAUUUCUGGGAAAAAAAAAAAGACUAGGCACUUACGAAACUUUCUUGUACCCUUAGGUGGUGUAACCAGAUACACAAUUUUUAUUUGAUUUCCCAGGGAAAGACUCCCACACUUUUGCGAAUGUAAAGUCCUUUGGAGGAGAGGGUUUGAGGGUUUCGGACAUCGUCUUGCUCAGGCGCUUCCUCUGCUGAGCGCGCACUGAGCUGGGACAGUGCCUGCGAGCUUUCCCAUUUUAAGAAGAAAAACAACAAAAGGCCGUCUCUAGAAAACAGAACCCGGCUUCUGCUUUUGCUCAGGGUGUCCCGCUGGCUUCCCGUUGUCUGCUCCUCCACCGGCCCCCUCUUGUUGCAGCCGUCUUGCGCACGUCCUGCCCCCAUUGCUCCAUCCCCAUAAACAGGGUUCCUCAGGGCCCCUGCCUCAGGGUCAGAGGUCACCACAGGGUGGCCACCGGCUUUUCACCCAGCCAUUGAGAUCCAGAAGGAGCAGUUUCCACUUUGCUUGGAAUAUAAAUGCCAUUUCAGUAGAAAUCCACACAUUAGAAUGUGUUACCGUUAAAGUUACGGAGAAGAGUGAGGAUUAGCCUCAAAUCUCUGGUCGUGGAAAUCACCUCACAAGACUUCUUUUUUUUCUUUUAAUGAUUUUAAAUAUUUUACCUCUUUCUAAGCAACCACCUUCGAGUGCAUCCGAUGGUUUAGCAACGUGCAGACAGCUUUUUCCUCGGGGGUGAUUUUGGGAAGGGGGAGCUGUUGUAAAAAAUAAUAAUAAUAAUAAUAACCAAAACCCCCUUCACGGGGGCUGGAGUGGCCAGGGCGGCCGAGGUGUUGCACGCGUCCGCAGCUCUGCAGGGGCGGGGCCGGGCUCCUCUGAAAGCGUUUGGUUUCAUCCUAGUUCCUGCUCGACAGCCACACACAAUCUGACCCACCUCCACCCACGGUCCGCCCCUGCCCGUAGAGCCCGCAGCCGCCUAAGCAGGCAGCCGCCGUAGGCGAGGGCCGUCGGACAGCGUGGCCCGCCGCGCCCCGCCGGACGCCGGUUCUGCACUAAAGCCCCCCUCCCGGGUGGUUGGCCUCACCUCCAUCCUGCUACGUUUCUCCCCCUCGCCGUCCUCUGAAUACCAGACCCACAACCCAUUUUUUGAGGAGGGCACAGAGGGCGCUGGGCUGGUGGCACAGAGCAAGGCGGCCUGUGCGGGUGGAGGGGCGAGCCUCGCGUGGUGCCCCCUCGGCACGUCCCUGGCAGGCGGCAAGCGACAUCCUUCCCGCGGCCCUCCCUGGAGACCGUGUGUAGUGAGCCUCUCCACUCCAUAUUUAUUUUUUAAUUCUUUUCUCCUGAAUGCAUCCACAGUGCACUAGCGUCUUCAAAAACCAAUAAUGUAUUAACGUUUUUUGAUGUCAGCCUUGCACCAAGGGCUUUAUCAAAAAGUACAAUAAUAAACCCUCAGGUAGCGCUGGGAACGGAGGACUUUGCCGUGAGCCUGCUGCGUCAGACCAGUACUAGGAAGGAGGACGGUUGUAAGCAGUCGUGAUUUCAUUGGGUAACACGAGAAGAGGUUUGCCUGUGUUUAUAGAACAAGGGGAUAAUAUAUAAUGAACACUUGGCUAUUUAAGACACAUGGCGUGAGAUUACUUUGUCCCGGUUCCUCCCCUCCCCAGUUGUCUGCUCGAACCUCAAUCUCAGUCACCACUCUCCCUGUGUGUUAUUAGGAUGCAUGUACGGUCUUCUUGUGUCCCGAUCAAAUACCACGUGCUUGAAAUCCUUAGAUCUCUGCUUACUGAUGCGCUCUGUGUACAAGUCCAGUCUACUUUUGCAUGAGCUGAGCAUUACGUGGCUCUGGUUCCUAAGACCGUUGCUGAAAUAAUUGCCAUUCGGCAGCGGAGCGAUGUCCAGUAACAGAUAUUUGCCUGAUUCCUGGCAUGACACUCUGGUGACUUCCUAGUGAGGCCCAGCCUGUCCUGGUCCAGCUGGGCCCCACUGUAACUCAGACAUUCCAAGGGUAUGGGAAGCCAUAGUCACACCUCGCACUCUGGACAUUUAGACAAGCAGGGUCCCCCCGCGACACACACACCUUUGGGAUCAGCCUCCACUGUGCCAAGUUCACACUCUUCUUGAGUGGACCGUGAUCUGGAACCAAGGCGACUGUUGGAAACCACACUUCUUGAAACAGCCUGGACGACGGUCCCUUCGAGUCAGCCUGCGGCCCUUUAGGUCCGGGGGCCUUGCUGAGAGAGGCGUCUGCCCCUGCCCUUGAACCCUGGGGACUGAUGGUGCUCACGACUCUUCCUGCGAGGGGAACUUAAGACCUCCACAUUAAGUGGCUUUUUUAACAAGAAAAAAAAAAAAAAAGGCAGCUAUAGCUCACGGGCUGCUCUUUUGCCAGCAUUUUCACAUUUUGCCUUUCACGUGUUAGAAGCUCGUGCAGAGAAAUUCUGUGGUGGGAACAUUUGAGGCAUCGCCCCGCAGAGCCUUGGUGAGGUGUGGAUGAGACUGAGGUGCCAGGCUGUAAGCAUUUUUGAGUUGGGCUUGUUUGUCUGUUAUUUUAAGUCCUGUAUAUGUAUGUAGUAGUUCGGUGUGUAUAUAUAGUAGCAUUUCAAAAUGGAUAUACUGGUUUAACCUCCUAUCCUUGGAAAACAGAUGGUUCUCCAUCUUGUCACACGUAUGUUAGAGAAGUAGCGAGCUGCUCUGCUAUAUGCCUUAAGCCAAUAUUUACUCAUCAGGUCAUUAUUUUUUACGAUGGCCAUAGAAUAAACCAUUUUUACAAAAAUAAAAACAAAAAAAGCGAGGUGUUUUGGUAUGAUACCUUUUCAGGUGUGUGUAUACGUGGAUGCAUGAUGGGGGGCGGGGGGCGCGUCUCAGGGUCUUCUGUGACCUCACAGAACUGUCAAACUGUACAGUUUUCCAACUUGCCAUAUAAAUGAUGGGUUUGCAUUUUAGUUGCAACAAUAAAAAUUUUUUUCUAAAGAA